GUCCUCCAUCACCCUAGCUACGUUCCAAGCCUUAUACACAAGACCUCGAAGACCAUCCAAGCAUCACAAGUAAGCCGCCCAAGCAGUGGCGAUCAGUACCGCCUAGUCGCGCCACGAGCCUUAGCCUUGAAAUUCGAUAAUCCAAGGUGACAUUGAUGACGUCACAUUAUCCCUCUCCCCAUGGCACGAAUCAACGACUGAUCGGGGUCUCCAUAGAACUCCACUUCAUUGCAACAAUUUUUUUCGCUCCAUCUCUGGAUUUUGCCUCAGUCUUGACAACACGAACGAGACACAUGAUGGUUGCUGCCAUGCAAUGUCGCGACAAUCGCGGAGUGGUCGGCUUGCCUCUUGCGGAAGCUCCGGCAGCUAAGGGCCAUCUACACCUACAUACGUUUAGACACGUUCUGAAUAAUUUAAGAUGAGGCUUAAGAAAAGGCUUUCAAAAUUUUGUGAGAUUUGUUCAACUGUAGGCAGCAAUAAUAUUAAGAAUUUUUCUCAAACUAGUCUAA